AUGGCACUUCUCAUCUCAAACAGACACUAUAAACUUGUGUUCGUACUGACCGUGCUAGUGGUGGUGAUUAUCACGCUGGUUUCAGCUCCCGUCGGCGGCGCAACCAAUUUUGCAAAGCCCCAAAUCAUAGACGAUGUCAAGCAGAGUGUGAACGACAUAAUUGGUUCCAGCAUCGGCACUGUGGCGACCCCAUGGACUGCGGACGAUGCCCCUGAAGAACCCAAAGCUGGUGAUGCACUGAAAGAGGCCAAGGAGCUGGAUGUUGUCAAGGUGUCUCCUGGAAGUAAAGAUGUCUCUAAACCAGCUGCAGCUGCUGCUCCUGUUGCUGCUCCUGUUGCUGCGGAACAGCCCAAAGCUGGCGGAAUUGAGGCCAACAGAGAUCAUGCACCUGAAAAUGACGUUGGAAAGACCCCACCUGCCACGGUUGCUGCCGCUGCUGCUGCCGCUGCCGAUGAUGAUUCGCUGGACGACUCUCCUUUGGCGGAGAAGAAGCCUGCUUCUGGGUCGGGAAAGUCUGAGGAUUGCGGUGAAAAGUAUGUUGUUAUGAUUGACGCUGGUUCCACGGGUUCCAGAGUUCACGUGUACACCUUUGACACAUGUGUCUCUCCUCCCAAGCUGCUGAACGAGGCCUUUGAUAUGCUUAAGCCGGGCCUUUCUUCCUUUGAUACCGACACCGUUGGAGCUGCGCAGUCUCUGGACCCCUUGCUUGCUAUUGCUCUCAAGACUGUACCAAAAGACAAGCAGUCGUGUACCCCAGUUGCAGUCAAAGCCACUGCUGGUCUCAGACUGCUGGGAGAGGAUAAGUCAGAUGCCAUCUUAAAGGAGGUCAGGCGUCAUCUUGAAGAAGACUUCCCAUUCCCUGUGGUUGAUGGAGACGGAGUUUCCAUCAUGGAUGGAAGUGACGAGGGUGUUUAUGCGUGGGUCACCACCAACUACCUCUUGGGUAACAUUGGUUCUGCCAAGAAAACUCCUACUACCGCAGUGUUUGAUCUCGGUGGAGGAUCCACCCAGAUCGUUUUUGAGCCUUCCAAGGGUGAGGAGAUGAUUGAAGGUGAACACAAGUACAGUCUGUCGUUUGGCGGUCGUGAUUUCACUCUCUAUCAGUUCUCGCAUCUGGGAUACGGUCUCAUGCAGGGAAGAAGAAAGAUCAAUUCUAUGGUGCUUUCUACUGCAUUGCAAACAGAAGAGCACGCAAAUCUGAAGCCUGCUGUGGAUAAGUCGGCCAAGGCGGAGGUGGAAAUCUCGCACCCAUGUAUUCCACCUGGGGUUGUUGCCGAAAACAUCGAGGUUGAACUUGACGAUAACACCAAGUACGUGGUCAACUUCAAGUCUGCUUCCGAGGGCGCAGAUGAAGGCAUCGUUUCCUCCGUUGCCACGCAGUGCAAGUUCCUAGCCGAGUCGAUCCUCAACAAGGAUCUGGAAUGUGAGUCAAAACCGUGUUCUUUCAACGGUAUCUACCAGCCUUCGUUGAGACACCAGUUCCCAGAGGAGAGCGAGAUGUACAUCUUCUCGUACUUCUAUGACAGAUUACACCCACUUGGAAUGCCAUCUUCGUUCUCUCUCGAGGAGAUGAAGGAGAUGACCAAAGUCAUCUGUUCUGGCUCUAAGCAUUGGGAAAGUUAUCUCUUUGACAAGAACGGAAUCGAGCAUCUCGAGAAGGAGCCCCAAUGGUGUUUGGAUCUCUCUUUUAUGACUUCUCUGUUGCACACCGGAUACGAUAUCCCACUCAAGCGUGAGCUAAAGACUGCAGACAAGAUCAGUGACAAUGAGCUGGGUUGGUGUUUGGGAGCUUCUUUGCCUCUGCUUGAGCCUGGUACUGCUUCUGGCUGGAAGUGCAAGGUCUCUAAGGAUGUGUAA